CUUAAGCGGAGCGCGCAUGCGCGAAAGAAAACUCCAUUAUUUUUUACCUCGGAAUUUGUAAGGAGAGAAAAAAAAAAACAAAAACAAAAAAACACAGUAGGAUCCAGUGAACUGAGGAUUACACGGGUCGUUAUGGUUGUCGGACUGCACUCGGAGUUCAGCAGCGCGGAGGUCAAAGCGGCCGGAUCCGCUCUUGGUCAAUGCCUAAGCCUCAACUCUGAUGUGAUCUAAGCACAUUAACCUGUUGGAGCCAUCCUGAAAGUUGAGGGUCGUGGAGGACUGUGGGAGAAAUUCCAGGUGUUUGGACAAGUCAGGUUUUUCUGGCAGUCUGUGUGCUUCUAUCCCACCAGCAUGUGCAUUGGAAAGUAUAUACCCUAGCCAAAAAAAGAUCCUGGCUUCCCAAAGAUGACAAGUUGCUGGCAGGCCACAGCAACAAAAUGAUGGGAGGCAGUGAGACUGUCAGCGGGGACAAGGAUGGGGUCCACACCGCUGCAAUACACGUUCCCAUCGGCUGGCAGAGAAAAGUGGAGGGAGGGCAGGUGAUCUAUGUCAGUCCCAGUGGCACUGCCCUGUCCACUCUGGACCAGGUCAAGACCUAUCUGCUGACUGAUGGUACCUGCAAAUGUGGUCUGGAAUGCCCACUCAUCAUUCAUAAGGUUUUCAACUUCAGCAUGGGGGUGAAAGUGGAACAGCACAGCCAGCCAUUAGGUAAACCAGAGCAGGAUAUGACCAAACUGUGCAAUCACCGAAGGAAAGUGGUGGCAAUGGCCGCUCUUUGUCGGAGUAUGCAGGCUUCACAGCUUCCGUUUGCCAACUUUCAUCAUCCAGAUGUGAGACAAAGGGACGGCCGAGAUCCAAAUCUAGAACCUGCAGAAUGCAAAGAGGAGGACCGUGGAAUUUGUUAUCCAAAACUUCAUCCAGUGCCAGCUCGACUCCACAAUAACCUCCACCCAAACCCCUGUGCCAGCCCCAAAUCCUCCCACCAAUUUAUUUAUCCUUACAAUGGUUCCUCUCCUAUACUUCAUACAGCUACCAACUCCCACCGUCACCAAGAUGAUUUAAAAAGACUCCACAAUCCAUCUCUCUCAGCAUCUUCCAAUUCUUUCUCCAACUCCUCGUUUUCAGCUCACAGCACUGCUCAAAGGUCCCCCCGCACCACCACACCUCAGAACAUGAGUCAAAGUCAAAGAACUCCGGAGACACCUAGCUCUCCUCGACUAGGUUCCCUUUCAUCACCCCCUUCCUCUUCCCCUAUGACCCUUGGAGGAGUAAGAGGAGCACAGACUCAUACUCAUCACCCUCAUCCUGUCAUUGUGGGAGCUCCUCCCCUGUCUCCAUCUCUCUCCCUCUCUCCUUUGGUCCACAACUUAUGUGCUUCUCCUAACCAGCGGUCCCGCCACCCCUCAGCCUCACCUUCCUCUCUGUCUGAACAGAGAGGAAGCUCAACAACAGCAGAAGGAGGAGGUUUGAUGGGAAAUAACGCACGUCAGAGGAGGAAGUCCUCCUCCUCUUCUCCACACUCCCCAGUCCCGAGUUGCUCCCCAAACUCCAUCUCCCAUUUUUCCAAAUACAAGCUUGAAGACAUCCUGGAACAGUUUAAGAACUCAGGCAGCAGCAGUUCUAAUAAUCACCAUUUCCUAAACCCUACCAACCCUCCCUUACUUAUCAACCAAAGUAGUAGUAAUCAUGUUGUGUCCUCAAAGCCCUCAAAGAACAUCAUGCUUCCAACUACCAAGGCAGGACCACCAGGAUUUGGGUUGAACUCUGCAGGGCCCUCGAGUUUACCGCUAGGCCCAAUGCCGAAUCAUAAUUAUAACCAUCAAGGCAAGGUGUCACAAGCUUCUUUCCCUGCUAGUAGCCUGCUCUCAGCAGCGGCCAAGGCUCAGCUGGCCACCCAGAUAAGCCAAGGCCAGAGCUCAAACACGGCCAACCACCCAGGGUGCUUGUCCUCUCCUGUGGAUGUCAUCAAGGAGACGCAGCAACAACAAAAGGUAACAAACAGCACUUUAUACAACAGCCACUCCCCCUCUUCCAUUGCUUCUGCUAGAAUUCCCCAUCCCUCCCUUGCAGCAGCGUCUGCCGCUCUCUUCCCCUCAUCCCACACUCUGGCCCACUCCCUGGCUUCUUCUUCGCCUCACCUGCCUCCCACAGCAGAACCCAGUGCAUUGCACAGAAAGAGACAACGACGCUCUCCAACAGUCCUCAACAUACUAAGAGACACCCAGGUGUUGGCUAAUGGUUCUCAGAAGACCCCGCCGGAAGAAGCUAUUUCUGCUACAGUUAUCAAUCUUUCAUCUACUCCCUUCCCUUCCACCUUGCACUCCUCUACCUCAGCUGUGCCGAACCAGAGUGCUGUUACAUUGGACAACCAUCAUCAAAAUCUCCCUGGCCAUAUCCCUAGAAUCCCUACUCCUCGACGAACGCCACCUCUUUCCAGGCCUCCUCGGACAAACGAGGCUCUGGAUUUCACUACAGGCCCAACACCCACACCUCUUGGCUUGGAUCCUCCGACUCAGCCUCUGUCUGCUCUGUUACACCUACUCAGUGUGCAGAAUGCGCAGGCAACUGCUUCAGCUUCCAAUUCCACCUUAGCUCAGUCAAGAACUGUGUUUGUAGAAGGAGGGGGACACACUAACAAACAAAGCCCCCCACAGUCACCGUCUUCUCCAGCUCCCAGUUCCAAUGGAAGACACCUACAGACUCCUUCCCCAUGCCAAACGGAUAACACUAAUCCUCUACCCUUGGUGCAACGGCCACACCCUUCCCCUCCCACCUCCUCUCAUUUCACAUCAUCACAGUCCCAACCUUCUCCACAGUCUAGGAAAGCAAGUCUUCUACAAAGAAACUCUUCUCGUACAGUGUCACCUAAGUCAAGUUUAGCUUUCCGCAACAGCAGCAGCCCAUCUCAGCCGACGCCCCUGUCUCCCACAGACAAGCAUCAAAUAGCUGAUAAUAACAUUCCCACAGAUGAUUCUGUUUCCCAGGCAUCUUUACAAGUAACCACAUCACAUGGUACAGUGGCGAUGGAGAAUGGUAGUAACAGUGCAUCUGCUUCACAGGACAUGAGUCAUUGUCAAGGCAGCAUUUCUAUAGGGAUACCGUCUUCGCCAAAGCCUCUUGAUCUUAGCAACCCUGCCCUGGCCCUUUAUCCAACAUCCUCCACUGUGACCCAGGAGGAGGGCGGCGACUCCAACCACGCCACGGACGUUGAGAUGUCUUCCCCAGAGAAUCGUACUGCAAGAACGGAGGACCCUGGAUAUUUACACCCAAAGGCCUCCACAUUGACAAAACCUCCAGCAGCCACUAGUCCCACAUUCAAUAUGCCAUCACGCCAUGAAGAGAAUCACAGGCCUCCUUCACCAUCAGCUGUGGGAGACACGCCUGCUCCCUUACCUCUGGCAGAGGCCUUCCCCUUUAUGAAUCAAGAGCAGCUGCUUCAGCUGCUGUCAUCUACAGGAGGCCUACCAUCUCUCUUGGACCCCACAGUCCUGGCUUCAUUGCCCCUCGGGGGGCUGUGGAUGGGAGGGCAACAUCCACACAUACCUACCGCUUCUGUUAACUCGCAACCACCACAGAAUCUCGAGGAGCAGCACCACUCAGAGCAGCAACAGUUAUUGAUACAAGACACACAGCAGCAUAACCAGGAUCAGCAACAGAAGCAUCAGCAUAUGAACAGCAGUCCUCUAUUUCCCCUGAUGCCCUUGUUGAGUGGUGCAACUCAAGGGGAGCUACCACUGAACCUCCUGAGUUUGCUAAAUCCUCUCCCGGGCUCAGGCCCCUCUGCAGGACAGGAACCUGAUUUAACAGAGAAACCUAGUCUUCAGGCUCUGCUUAUGGCCUCUGUGUUAGUUGGACAACAGCAGAGCUCUUUGUUACCUCUGUCUGCACUUGGUCAGUUGAGUCAGGUGAACCUGGAAGUUCCUAUCCAGCAGUCACAGCAGAUGUCCACCACUUUGGAGGGCCUUACUCUGGAUAAAGCCUCUGGCCUCCUAGAUCCGUCCACUCUUACAGGCACUGGGCUCUUAGAACUCACCCAGAGCCUUUUUCCAAUUACUGCAGGAACGGAGGGCCCCGUCCAAGCCCUGCAGUCUCUGCUCCUUCCCGCUACUCUUUCUCCCCCCCCUGCAGCCUUCCUGCCCCUCAGCCCUGCCUUGCUCACUACUGCCCUGAGCUCUGCUGAGCUCCACCCUCCUCACAGCACCCAAUUAGCUCCUGCACAGCAAACCCAACAUACCCAACCUCAGGUAACCACUGAUGCUGGUGACACGCUCAUCCCUGUGUCUCUCCAAGGCAAGGACAAUCCCAUCCUCCAACAGUUACUGCCCACGUUGCUUAACCCUGCCUUAUUAGGAGAUAUUCCUGGUAUCACAGGCCUCCAUAACAUGGUUGGGAUUGGAGCGGGUUCCAUUUUACUAUCCCCUGUCCAGGCUUCUGCUUUGGGCCUGUCUCUACUGCAAGGUCCAGAUGGGGUCAUCAACUUACUCAACAACAUACAGCUAAACCUUGCACCACCCUCAGAUGGAGAGAAGGCAGACUUAUUGCAGGAAACCCAAAGUCCUGCUCCACAGGAAGACAUACCAGCUAGAGAAGUUAUUCCAGAAGUAGUCCCGAGUCCUGGUCCAUCUUUUGUUCCAUCACCUGCCCAAGAAUCUACCCCACCCACUCACAGAGGAUCUGAGGCCAGGCCUGUCAUUGAUCCCUACACUUCUUUCAUGGACACCAUUUAUACCUCUUUCCUUCAAGUCAGUGCUAAAGAGCAGGAAGAUGGGGCCCAGGUGGGGCCGUCUGACCCUACUUCACCCUUCUGUGCCUUACCACCGGUUUCUUUCCCUAUGGAAUGCCAUACGCAGUCCACCACUGUCCCAACUUUGCCCCAGGCAAGUGCCCCGGUCUCCCUCAGCCCACGUCGUGCUUGUUCCCUCCGCAACCCAGACUUAUCACGACUAAGCCUGGAAGCAGCAGCUCAUUCCCCAGCACAGGGGACACCCAAACCAACAGAGGAUGGGCCUACAUCACCGUUACAAAGGAAACCGGUUAUAGAGGGACAUACACACCUGGAGCCUCCUUUGCCACCCAUAUACUUGGAGGAAGCAAAGACUGACUGUACUGGGCCUACGGCUAUGUGUCCCUUUGUGGAGACAGGGGUUGAAAGACAGGGACAUCUUUCUCAUGCAGGAUACCUCAGUCCGACGGGCAGAUGCAGUGGGAGGCCUAAUGAAGAGACAGCUGGGACAUUGCUGCACACAGAACAGGGAACAGACCAAGCGGGAGCAGCAGGAGGAGCCAGAAGAGGAAGGAAAAGGAAACAAACGCUACAGAAUGUGUUAGAAGACUUCAGAGACAUGGACGCUACAGCACUAGAGGAAACCAAGGCUACAACAGCAUUCCUGAAGCCUGAGAGGUCGGUGCGUGGCAGGCGGCGACGAGGCACCAGGUCUCAGAGGCAGUGAUUGGUGCACAAACUGUUCAUCGACGAAAGGUGGUCAGACACCUCUCGAGACAUCUCCUUCUCUCCACCUUCAUCGCUACUGUUUAGAACUUUGAAAGAAAAUCAACUGCACUAAUACAAUGCUGUUGUCAUGUCAGCAAUUGCUAUGGCAACCACUAUAAAAUAAAAAAACACAUGGAAAAAAAAUAUAGUCAGAUGAAUUUAUUUUUAAAAAACUCAAAAAAAUUGUGGAUACUUUUUCACUAGGUUUUGUCUGAGGUCACAAAGUAAUGUUGUCUGUACAUUGUGAUCAAAAAUCUUUCAAUUAGGUUGGUGUUAGAAUUAUAUCAAUGAAAAACAGAAUAAGAAGUACUGUUUCCUUCUCACCAGUGUGUUACUGUGAGUCAGGAUGAAGCCCAUCUACUUGAAUGAUGCUCUCUGUUAAAAGUGUGUCUGGACAUGUGUGCAUGAGUGGGUCCCCGUUUGUGUUUGAGUGUGUUGGACAACAGUGCUGUUGCUGAGCCCCUACUUUCUAACUUUUGGUCAAAUUUAUUUUGUUUAAGUAAAGGCAAACUCAUUUUCCUUCACUGUUGUACUUAGGAAAUGGUGGUUUUAUUUCAAAGAGAAGAAAGCUGUUUGCAAGGUUUUCAGAAAGGAAAUAGGAUAAUACUUUUUCUUAAAGUGUGAAAUAACCUCACAUUGAGACGAGCAGAGGAGGUUAUGUAGCUUAUCAUCUUUUUUUGGCAGUAAACAUCAACCAAUGAUAACACAGAUUAUGAAAAUAAGUUUUUCAUUGGAUAUGAUUCCUCAUGUCUUGUAAGAUGUUUCUUACUAGUAAUUAGAAACAUUAACUUGAAGUCUUUUUGUGCAACCUCUUAAUUAAUGUUAUGAAACACCAGGGUCUCCAAUAGAACAGUAACAUCUUUAAGUGACUGACAUUUUGGAAAUCUAUUUACAUUUCACAUAUGUGUUAUUUGUCCCUGUGAAGAAUUACAUGUUGCUAUGUUGUGAUGGAGACUUAUUUAAAAUAAGACCCACUCCCAACUCCCCACCCCCCAGCCACAAGAUAGUCUAGGGAAAAAAGGAUUUGGUUUUUUAACACUUAGAGGAACGUUAAGUUUAUAGAAAGUACUGUAUGUCCUUUUGGAUUGGUGGAAUGGAUGGCUGGGCUACUUAAACACAGAGAGUGACGAUCUCUUGUGAAUCUGUUGAGUCAGUGUGUUACUGUGGAUUUGGAGUGAUAUCCUCCCUCUGUCUCCUCAUAUCACUGUUUGAGUUUUCUUCCACUCACUGCCCUGUCCCAGGAUUACUGACAUCUCUAGCUGUAUUUAAAAUGAAAAGAAAAAAAGGAAAACUAAAAAAGAAAUCAGAUUAUGCAAUUUCUACACUUGGAAAUUUGUACAUAUGUACAGUUAAUGUGUUUGAUUUUAUAUUGUCGGAGAGAGACAAGAGAAAAUAAUUGUGAAUUUUUCUUGGAAUUGUAAUUAUUUUUCUCAUUCUACCCCUUUGCUUUCGAUACUUAUGUUUAAAAAGACAAUUCAAUUGUGAACUGUAGCUUUCUUUUUUAUAUGGAAGUCAUUUUUUAUUUAAUAUUAAACUAUUUACACAAAAUGUACAUUGUGUUUCUUUCUGUUUUGUAAAUUUGGGCUUAUAAAAAUUCAUAGUACAUCUUAAUGACAUUGAUAUUCAUUUGACCCUAACACAAACUAUGAAUAAUUUUAAACACAGUAUGUAUUAUUUUAAAUUCCAGCCCAUUUGAUAUGUUCAGUGUGAACAUUCAACCGCAGACUCCAGUGAACUAGCUCACAGUUGAUCAAAUUUGAAUGAAAUGGAAUGGGAUGGGUUUAUAGCCUAUAAAUGUAUUUGGUCUGCCAAGCUAAAAAUUACCUUUUCUUUUAUUUAUAUAACAAA